AUAAUAUUGUUUGCAAGCUGCGCUAUAGCUGAGAAGAAGUAGUAACAGUAGUAGUAGCAGCAGCAGAAGUACUUGGUAUUAGCCGGUACUAGCAAGUAGACGUAGCCAGUCUACGCAAUACCAAUGAUUCCUAUAUGCCCAGUAGUUUCUUUCACCUACGUGCCCAGCCGGCUCGGUGAAGAUGCUAAAAUGGCUACAGGCAACUACUUUGGAUUCACACCCGGUGCUGCCGCGCAGUACAGUCAGCAGCCAGUUGCUGGAGUUGCCUACACACAUCCCACCACAGUAGCCAGUUACACAGUUCAUCAAGCACCCGUGGCAGCGCACACUGUGGCCGCCGCCUAUGCUCCCACAGCAGCCACAGUUGCUGUGGCUAGACCUGCACCUGUGGCUGUGGCAGCAGCUACAGCUGCAGCUUAUGGAGGAUACCAGCCAACGCACGCUGCCACUGACUACAGCUAUGCUCAGCGCCAGCCUGAGGUCCCUCCUCCACCACCUCCGGUCACUUCACAGAAUUACCAGGAUUCCUACUCAUAUGUUCGUUCGACAGCUACAGCUGUAGCCUACGACAGUAAGCAGUAUUACCAACAGCCCACUGCUACAGCGGCUGUUGCUGCCGCACAGCCACAACCCAGUGUGGCCGAUUCGUACUAUCAGACAGCCCCCAAACCAGGAUAUAGUAGUCAGGGAGUAACCUCUUACUCCCAGACUCAACAGACACGUCAGGUGACUGUGAUAAAGCCAGCUGCUCCCAGUCCAGCCACGUCCACCUUCUCCAUCUAUCCAGUCACCUCCACUGUCCAGCCUGUGGCUGCCGCCGCCUCCGUCGUCCCCUCCUACUCCCAGAGUCCCACCUACAGUACCAAUGCCGUCACUUAUUCUGGUACAUCGUACUCUGGCUACGAAGCAGCUGUUUACUCGGCAGCCUCCAACUACUACCAGCAGCAGCAGCAGCAGAAGCAGGCAGUGGCAGCUGUAGCAGCAACAGCAGCAUGGACAGGAAACGCCUUCACCAAAAAACCCCCCUUCCAGAGUAAGCACCUCCGACCCAAGCAGCCGCCAAAGCCCCCACAGAUCCACUAUUGUGACGUGUGUAAGAUCAGCUGUGCAGGCCCACAGACAUACAAGGAACAUCUGGAAGGCCAGAAACACAAGAAAAAAGAAGCGGCCGUAAAGGUUUCCCAGAGCAGCAGCAGCAGCAGCAGUGGCAGUGGGACUGGGAUCUCAGCCCGCAGCGCACAGAACCAGCUCCGCUGUGAACUCUGUGAUGUGUCGUGCACCGGUGCUGAUGCUUACGCAGCCCACAUCCGUGGAGCUAAGCACCAGAAGGUUGUGAAGCUUCAUACCAAACUCGGUAAACCGAUUCCAUCUACUGUGCCCAGCACUAUCAGUCAGACCUCAUCCUCCGCCACAGCUGCUCCCAGCAAGACAGUUGGUUCAACCCUGGGCAGCUCCGGUACCACUACCUCUCUGUCAAUGGCUGCUACGUCCUCAUCCGCCACUUCCAGCGCUCCCUAUCUGAAGCCAGUCAACAUAGUUGGCAGCAGUGUGGCUAAUAUGAAGACCACAGGAACCAGCAAUCUCUCUACUGUUAAUUCAUCAACAGUGAAGAAAGUCAGCACUCCCAAGAUCAAUUUUGUUGGUGGAAAUAAGUUGCAGACAUCAUCAAAGUUGGAAGAGGGCAAGGCAGACCUAACCAAAUCUGGGGUGACUUCUUUGAGUGGUCAGGAUCCCAAGAAUGAAGUGUUGGAUUCACUGUCCACAUCAGCGCUGGCUGCACUGCAGAGCGACGUCCAGCCUGUGGGUCACGACUACGUUGAGGAGGUCCGAAACGAUGAAGGAAAAGUCAUUCGCUUCCAUUGCAAGUUAUGUGAAUGCAGCUUUAACGAUCCAAAUGCUAAGGAAAUGCAUCUGAAAGGUCGGCGGCAUCGCCUGCAAUACAAGAAAAAAGUAAAUCCAGACCUGCAGGUGGAAGUAAAGCCUAGCAUCCGAGCAAGAAAGAUUCAGGAAGAAAAGAUGAGAAAGCAGAUGCAGAAAGAGGAAUAUUGGAGACGAAGGGAGGAGGAGGAGCGCUGGCGGAUGGAAAUGAGACGAUAUGAAGAAGACAUGUACUGGAGGCGCAUGGAGGAAGAACAACACCACUGGGAUGACCGACGGCGUUUACCUGAUGGAGGCUAUCCACAGGGGCCGCCAGGGCCGCCUGGCUUGCUUGGAGUUCGGCCUGGGAUGCCAUGUCCACAGUCUCAGGGCCCUGUGCCUCCGCGCCGGCCUGACUCUUCAGAUGACCGCUACGUAAUGACGAAACAUGCAGCUAUCUACCCCUCUGAAGAUGAGCUUCAGUCCAUUCAGAAGAUUGUAUCAAUCACUGAGCGCGCCCUGAAACUAGUCUCUGACAUAAUUACAGAUCAGGACAAGGGCAAAGAAGAGAGCAAGGAGAAAAAGGAACCCCUUAAAGAUAGAGCCCUGAAGGGAGUUAUGAGGGUGGGAGUCCUGGCCAAAGGCUUGCUUCUUCGUGGAGACAAGAAUGUCAACUUAGUUCUGCUGUGUUCUGAGAAGCCCACCAAAGGCCUUCUCACCCGCAUUGUGGAGCACCUUCCCAAGCAGCUAACAAUGCUAACGCCGGAAAAAUAUGAGGUGAAGGGUUCCAUCCAGGAAGCAGCCAUCAUCUUGACAUCUUGCUCUGAGCCGAAGAUGCAAGUAACAAUCACAAUGACUUCUCCGAUCAUUCGAGAGGAAGCUGACCGGGAUGGAGAUGUAACCUCGGGUAUGGUGAAAGACCCAGCGGACGUCUUGGACAGGCAAAAAUGCCUUGACGCUCUGGCUGCUCUGCGCCACGCUAAGUGGUUCCAGGCUAGAGCCAAUGGACUUCAGGCCUGUGUGGUGAUCAUCCGAAUCCUGCGAGACCUUUGCCAGCGAGUUCCGACUUGGUCUGCCAUCCCAGGAUGGGCCAUGGAGCUGCUGGUUGAGAAGGCCAUCAGCAGCACGUCUGCCCCCCUGAGCCCAGGUGAUGCAUUAAGACGUGUCUUUGAAUGUAUCGCUUCUGGAAUCUUACUGCCAGGUGGGCCAGGAUUGGUUGACCCCUGUGAAAAGAAUCUAGUUGAUACCUUGGGAACUAUGGGAGAGCAGCAGAGGGAGGACAUUACUUCAAGUGCACAGUUUGCUCUGAGGCUGCUGGCAUUCCGCCAGAUCUAUAAGAUUUUGGGUAUGGACCCUUUCCCACAGACCAACCCUCGUUUCAACAUCCACAACAACCGCAAGCGUCGCCGUGACAACAGCGAUGGCACGGACAGCUUCGAGGGCGAAGGCAAAAAGGAUAAGAAGGAUUAUGAGACCUACUAAGUUCUACGUGUGUAUUUAAAACAUGCCGGCGUGAGUCCAAGAUCGUGGUACAGCUCCUGCUGAUGUAACUGUAGCAUCACUUGUUUCUACACACAAACUUUUGCAUAGUGUUUUAGCUGUAGAUUCCUCAGAGCCUGAUACACUUGUGUUCCGCCGCUCCCUGCUGAAGUGUGCUUUAGCUUGAAAUGGCAGGUUAAAUGCAUUCCACAUAAAGGUUUUAGCCAGAGUUUAUGAUGUAUAAGUAGGCACAGAUAAACCCCAAUACCUGCAUUCAUGUAAAUUAUAGUUUCAUUUAAAAGUCGACCACGUUGUAACCAUUAUGAAGCAUCAGUUUUCUGUGCAGCUUUGUUUUCUAUGUUGAAAGUGAUAUUUGACGCUGUAGCUCAGUUACGCUUCAAAACAAACAAAAAAAACUGGCAUUCACAGAGAUUCAGAAGAAAACUUUACUGUUGAGAUUUGUUUGUGGUGAAGUUGCUUUGUUUUGUCCAUUUUCAUAUGUAUAAAAAAAACUGUAUAAUCUUAAAACUGGUGAAGAGAUUUGUGUGUGUAGCGCAUGGUCAGUAACGUUACUGUGUUUUGGCUUCUUAACGUUUUCCUGCUUGGUAAGAAACUAAUGAUUUGCUCGCCCUUUACAUUGGUUUAUGCUUCCUUGUUAAUCUUGGUAAUCUUUAUUAGUUUCCGGUUAUGACGGCGAAUGGGCAGGGCACCGCAGUGAUUUGUUUGCAGUUUGAGUCCUGUUGUGGAUGCUUUUCAGACUGUCCAAUCUGCUUCAGCAGAAUAAAUUUUACACAAUGA